AUGUAAUAACCUAUAGAAGAAAUAGAUUAAUUUAUUCUUGGCUUCAAUAAUCAAACAAGCAACUCUUUAAUUUAAUCAAAUAUCAAUUAAGAACAACUAUUAGUAUAAAAUACUAGACUUUUACAAUAAUUGAAUGAAUAAUAAAGGAUGCUUAAUUUACAUAGUCUAUUAACUUAGAAAAUACUUAAAAAUCCAUAUCUUAAUUAAUAAAUCACACACAAAAACAAAAAGAUUAAGAAAGCCAAAUCUAAUUUGUAACAUAUUCAAUCUAAUGCCAAUUUACUAGAUUAACCACCUUAAAUUUAAGAAAUUAAAGGGAAUGUUAAAAAUGCCUAUAUAAAGAAAAUCACAUCUUUGUUGAGUGUAGAAGGAGACAAAUUGCUUGAUUAGGAAUUACAAGAGAACUUAUAAGAGGAUAGUUCCUCUUAAGAACUUUCUAAAGAUAAAAAUGGAUUAACAGGAUUGUUAUGUAAGGAUUUAUUGAAUGAGGAAUGCAAAAACAAACGAUUAAGAUAAAGUGCUAAGAAAUCAAGAUUGAGAAAGAAGGUUUAUGUGAAGUUAUUAGAGAAAAAAGUAUAGAAGUUUGAAGUUCCUAUUUUUAGGUUUUUGAUUUGGAUCAUAAAAUAUAAGAAUAAAAAUAAACUACAAAGCAAUCAUUUGAAUAUCUGACUUAAUUGUUGAUAUCACAUCCCAUUCUCAAUAGUAUGAUUAUUGGAAAUGCUAAUGCUAUUGAUCAGAUUAUGCAAUCUAAUUAAUCUGAUUAAGCAUAAUUGCUUAUUGAUUCUUAUAUGGUAAUAUUAUAAAGAAAAUAUAGUUCAGAUGAGAUUUGGUACUUGUGGAAUUAAAAGAAAAGAUUAUAUGAAAUAUGCAGUAAAAAAUAUAUAGAGAAAUUUUUUGAAAGGAAAUUAUGGAUUAUUGUUAAUAGGUACAAAUAAUGAAAUAAACAAUUGUAAAUAUAAUUAAAUUAAUUUAUUUAUUUAGAUGAUGAAGAAUUCAAUAAUUAUGUUGAGAUUGUUAAGAAAUAUACAAAAUUGGAAGAUAAUAAUUUGAUAUACAAGUUAUUACAAAUCAUAGAUAAAUUAUUGAAUCAUCGCAAAAUGUCUUAAAAGUUGUUUUAUUUAACAAAUAUUUAGUUAUUUACUCCAAUUAAAUAAAGAAAUGAAGAAUUUGAAAUUAAUAUAAUAAGAAUUAGAUGAGACUGUGUAUCAAUUUACACAAUCAUUAACAUCUUUAUAAUUAGUGGAAUUUAUCAAAGGAGUAGAGCGAAUACAGAAUUUUAAUAGAUCUCUAUUAUUUUGAUC